UUGUUAUUUGUUUGGAUGCGAUUCCGAGGGAGUGUCAUAAACUUUCAGGAAGUUACACGUUGAGCAGCAGUAAGGAGCUGUGAGGAGAACUGAAACUGGGCUGUUAAUACACAUUUUAACAUCAUGGCUCCAAAGAAACACACACUGCCUACACCACUCCCUGACGGAUGGAUACUAACAGAUACAGAAAAAAAUAAAUGGCGUAUCGGCAAAAUCAUCGGGAAAGGUGGUUUUGGACUGAUUUACUUGGCCUCUUGUGAUGUGGAUGUUCCUGUUCGAGAUAACACUGAUUUUGUGAUCAAAGUGGAAUAUCAUGAAAAUGGACCUUUAUUCUCAGAGCUGAAAUUUUAUCAACGGGCAGCUAAGCAAAUUUCUAUGAACAAAUGGAAGCAGUCUAAACGACUGGAGUUUUUGGGUAUCCCAACUUAUUGGGGGUCUGGACUGUCUGAAUACAAAGGAACAAGGUACAGGUUCAUGGUGAUAGACCGGUUGGGCACAGAUCUGCAGAAGUUGUUUAUUGAGAAUGGUGGACAAUUGAGGAAGGCCACAGUAUUACGAUUGGGUGUCCUCAUGCUGGACGUGCUAGAAUAUAUUCAUGACAACGAGUAUGUCCAUGCUGACAUUAAGGCUGCCAAUCUCUUAUUGGGACACAGAGAUCCAAGCAAGGUGUACCUUGCUGACUACGGUCUCUCAUACAGAUACUGUCCUAAUGGCCAGCAUAAAGAGUACAAAGAGAACCCCAAGAAAGGACACAAUGGCACUAUUGAGUAUACAAGCAUUGAUGCUCACAAAGGAGUAGCCCCAUCAAGACGAGGGGACAUGGAGGUGCUGGGCUACUGCUUGCUCCAUUGGCAGUGUGGAACUCUGCCCUGGCUCUCUUCUCUCAGGAAACCAGAUGAGGUCCAGGAGGCCAAGGCCAAGCUAAUGUCUAACCUGCCAGACUCUGUCAUUAAGAUGUCCUCCUCCAGCUCCAGUAUGGGAGAGAUUGCCAGGUUCCUGCUUAGUGUGAAAUGCCUGGGCUACAAUGAAAAGCCAAACUACCAGGCCCUAAGGAAUGUUCUGUCAGAGGCUGGCCUGCAGGGCCCACUGGACCUCUCCAGGCCGAAAGCAUUGGAGACAGCCAGUUCAGCCACACAAAGAGCCGCAAGCCAACACAAAUCUACAGACAAAAAAACAUUGAGAUCAAACCCUGUGGUGACAGUGGAGGAAGAUGAUGAGGAAGAGUUGUUUGGAUCAACUCCAAACAUCUGGAGCAAGACGAAACAAGAGACACAUGAACGGAGACCAAACAAAGCUAUUUUAGCAGCAAAAGGAAGAUCCAGGGAACAGGCCAUGCUCCGAGAGAGAGAUGAGAACUGCAGUGAUGAGGAGGAGGCCCUGCCUCCACAAGUUCAUCCCAAAACAAGAGCUGGGGCACGGCAGAGACGGGCACUCAAAAAAGAAAGGAGGAAUGCAGACAUUCAUGAGGAUGAGACCUGGAUGACCAUGAGGGGAGGACAGAAAAAACAUCACUGUCAGCACCGACAAACAUAUCCCACAACUUUAAAUGCCAACCAUGACAAUUAUGGUGGAGACCACUGGGGAAGUUCUGUUGGUGGACGGGAACAUGAAUGGACUCAGUACAAUCAUAGAGAGGCAGGUGACUUCAGGGAAUCAGAAAUCCACAAUCAGGCAAAAUGGAGUAGCAGGUCAACCAAAAACACACUAAUCUUGAUCCUCUUUGUUAUUGUUAUAUUUAUUGCUGUUGGUUUUGUCCUCCAAUUUUAACUGUCCCGAUGACUCAAAAGUUUUUUCGGUAUUUACACAUGUUGAAGAGCAAGUCCAGUUUAAUAAUCAAUAAUCAUAAUGCCACUUGAGAAUUUCUCAGAAUAAAUAAACUUUAGUUAGGUGUUUUGUGUGACCAUUGUCACAGUGAUUGGCUGAAAGAAAUUAAGAAAUCAGAAUUAAUUAUUUUUAGGCAAUUUUUUGCACUGAGCUUUGCUGUAUUAAAAUAUGUAUUUGAAUAUGCACAUAAAUAAAGUGAUAUUCUUGGUAUACCAUUUAAAUGCUGUGUUGUGAGCUGUUCUGGAAUCAGUCAUGGAGUACAGUAAAAUAUUAACUUGCUGCAAUGAGGACAUUAUCCAAAUACUGUCUUAAAGCUUUGUCAACUGGUGGGCAGACCUCUCAGCCACUGCAGUGACAAAUAUAUCAGUAAAGAAUGCAAAUGUGAUGCAAACAAUAAAUUAAUAGUUUGCACAAAAAUGAACAUUCUGUCAUAAUUUACAAACCAUAAGAUCAUUAUGAAGCUUUAUGAC